AUGGUUGAGGCGGCCACAGAAAAGGCUUUUGCCAAGCGCCAGAAGACUACGACGUCGUAUGUUGGCAUCGGUAGACAAGGAAGCCGUGUAGAAAAUGCAAGUUAUCGGAUGGGCUGCAUAGCGCAGGACACGAGCAGGUCUGAUAUUCCCGGUUCUUCAGAUAAACCGGACUACUCUUUUCGCACUGCGGACACGGCCGCUCUAUCGUGGUCGCUGGUGGCUUUUGUUAUGGAGCUCAAGGACGAGUUAGCCGAAACGGGAAAUCCAGGUUCAGAAGCUGGAUAUGGCCGACGAGAAGAAUCAGUUUACAUUUACACAACGAUAUCCUUGGGGUCUCGAGGAGGGAUUUGGCCUCAGACUGCUCUUACCUUUCUACGCGAUCCUCCACCGGAGCUCAUCGAACUGAUUGACUCGAUAUCCGACAAGGAAUCGGACGAGGAAGAAGACAAGCCCGAAGAUCAAACAGGCACUCAAGAACAAGAUAGCGAAGCUGGCAAAGAGGAAAACGACUCUCCUCGUGUAGAAAGGAUAGGCUUGCCGGGUGAUACUCAAGGAACAGGUCCAAAGGCGUGGUACGGGAAGAAGAGAAUCCGGAAAGAACACUUGGAAACUUUUGAGAAGGUGUUCCAACGUACGAAGAGGCCGACUGGUGCUUUGAUCCAAAACAUCGUUGAGCUGACUCACGUCCCAAGGAAACGCGUUUUGGAUUGGUUUGAGAAUCGGAGGCAAGAACACGCAGCCAGGAAGGAAGAAAACAGGCACUUGGCAAGGAAAUGAAUCAAUUGUAGACAUCGCACUUUCAAGGUGUCCAGUUCCGAUCAAACUCCACCAAAUUGGGAUUGUGUAGCGACGAGCAAAUCGCGUCGACAACUGGAGAAGAGAGUGAUGUGCCUUUUUUAUUUUCUUCUUCUCUUUGUUUUUCUCCUUUCGUGAACAAACAGGAGGAAAGAUUGGGAGCUUCUUAUCUCA